AUGGCAUUGGCUGCUGCCGGUAGUAAUUUCGCUGCAUCAUGGGGCUCUCUAGCUCUCGCUGGCGACUUAUUCAAUGUGUCUAUGGCCGACCAUGUCAUCCGCACUCAAGCAGACCUCGGCGAACUGAACGAGUUUUACAACAUUGAUAUCGCGCCCCGCCGAUACAAAGCUCUCGAGAACUACCACAAGGGUGAACAGGAACUUCUUGGCGACAUCGAUUUUGAAGGACUCGACCAAGAGGGCAAGGUGGAUUAUAUCAUGCUGUGUACCUACCACACGCGACAACUCAACAAUCUUGACCUUCAGAAGAACUCGAAAAAGAAAUAUGAGCCGUUACUCCCGUUUGAAGAGGACCUCGUCGGUCUGCUCGAAGCGCGCCAAGAUGUUGAACCGAUGAAAGCGAAAGAAACAGCCAGCCUUCUUAACAACAUCACAAAAUCCAUCACAGGCGCCCAGACAAAAGUCAAAGAUGGUGGUUUCAACGUCACCGAAACAACAGGCUAUCUCGCCACUAAGGCUCUCACAAACCUCCUCGAGCAUUUGGGAGAAUGGUACACUUUCUACUCAACAUACGAUCCUCUGUUUGAUUACUGGGUCACGACGCCUUGGCAGGCGGCAAACACAUCGCUGACCGCGUAUCUGGAUGUUGUGCAGACAGAGCUAGCGGGUAUGAAUCAGAAGAACGGAAAGGAUGUUAUUAUUGGCGAACCUAUCGGACGUGAGGGGUUGGAAGUUGAGCUUGAAGCCGAAAUGAUUCCCUACACGCCCGAGGAACUGAUUAAGAUCGGUAAUCAGGAGUUUAAAUGGUGCGAAAAGGAAAUGAUCAAGCAAUCCGAAGCUCUUGGUUAUGGAAAGGACUGGAAAAAGGCUCUCGAGCACGUCAAGAACGACUACGUUGAUCCCGGGAAACAAACCGAGUAUGUACGCAGUCUGGUCGUCGAAGGCAGCCUCUUCGUCACAGAACGCGACCUCGUUACUGUCCCACCGCUAUCCAACGCAACAUGGCGCAUGAUCAUGAUCGACGCAGAACGUCAAAAAGUAUCACCCUUCUUCCUCGGCGGCCCAACCAUCCAAGUUUCAUACCCGGUAGUAUCAAUGGAGCACGACCUGAAGCUCAUGGUUAUGCGCGGCAACAACAAGCAUUUCGCCCGUGCCACGGCUUUCCACGAGAUGUUCCCCGGCCAUAGACUUCAGCUCUACAUGGCCGAUCGCUACAACUCACAUAGGAAAGAAAUUUUCGAUACGCCUUUCUUUGUGGAAGGAUGGGCGCUGUACUGGGAGUUUCUGUUCUAUGAUAGAGAUGACUUUCACCACUCACCCGAGAACAGAAUCGGUGCGCUAUGGUGGCGGAUGCAUCGCUGUCUGCGUAUCAUCUUCUCUCUCAAAUUCCACCUGGGCGAGAUGACUGCCCAAGAGGCGGUGGAUCUUUUGGUCGAGCGGAUCAACCAUGAGAGAAGCACUGCUGAAGGCGAGGUCAGGCGGUCUGUAGAGGGGACUUACUCGCCUCUUUACCAGGCUGGUUAUAUGCUGGGAGCCCUGCAACUUUGGAAGUUGAGGGAGAUGGCUGUGGGCGAUGGAAAACUUUCUCAAAAGGAAUAUCAUGAUACUAUUCUGCGCACUGGUGGAUUACCUAUCGAGAUGGUUAAAGCCCUGAUUAUGAAGGAUGAGCUGUCAAGAAAUUUCAAGGCCGAGUGGAAGUUCUAUGACUUUGAUUAA